GAGCUUCAACUUUUUUAACGCACACAAUUGUAACUUUUUCUCCCACCCUCUUUAACUCUCUCUCCCCAGAUAACAUGAUGGGCCACUGAUUUCUCCCUCUCUGUGUAUGUACUAUGUACUGGGUAUGUAUUUAUAUUUUCUCUCUCUCUCUAGUCUCUACUACUCACACCACAGGAAACAAAACUGCAACUCCAUUUCUCUCACUAGAAAUCAAUUAACGCCUCUCCUUAAAAGCCCUCUGAUCUACGGUGUGGACAGAUAGAUUGCUCAGGAAUGUAAAAGGAAACCUCCUGAAGAAGGUAGAAGUCUGAGGUGCAGUUUGAUGAGGAGUUUUUCUGGCAAUAUAUGUUUAUGGGGAGUUUGUUUUAUGGGUUCUGUUAUUCUUUAUCCUGAAAUUUUACUUUUGGGCCGAAUUUUCUCUUGAACAUUAGCUUGCAUGAAGAAAAAAUUCAAUAGUAUACGAAAAUAAUCCAACAUUGGGAUGAAGGUGAUUUUGAUAUUGAGCACAACUAGCGUUAAGAUUUUUCUCUGUCAGCUGUUGUCAUGUGAUUAGAAGUAUUACCAGGGAAGCUAUAAAUUUUCAUCUAGGCAAGGGACCUGGCUCCUAUAUUUCCCUGGCUAUGUCAGAAUAUGGUUAACCAUUUAUGUUGCUAAUGCCAUGUUAGAUGACUAAUGAAGGUUAGCGGAAGUAUUUUUGCAGUAAGCAGCCAUGUAAUUUAUUGGGUUUGAUAGUCAACCAGAAUUUUUGCAGUUGCUUGGAAGUGUUAAUUAACUAUCAGACUCGAGCUCUGAAUUCCUAUUUAUCUAAAGAAUCAACAACAUGGCGACUGAGAUUUUUACUGCUAACCAAAAGUCAAACAUUAUUCAACGGUUGCUCCCUGCUGUUGUGCCCGUGCUCUUUAUUGCAAUUGGAUAUGUUGACCCAGGAAAGUGGGCUGCUGUUGUUGACGGAGGAGCCCACUUUGGGGUUGAUUUGGUUGCACUAAUGCUUGUUUUCAAUUUCACUGCUAUUCUCUGUCAGUACCUGUCAGCUUAUAUUGCUGUGGUCACUGGGAGAGGACUUGCCCAGAUUUGUAGCGAGGAGUAUGACAAGGGCACACGCAUAUUCUUAGGAGUUCAAACAGAGUUCUCCAUGAUUGCUUUGGACCUUACUAUGAUUCUGGGCAAAGUGCAUGGGCUUAAUCUAAUAUUUGGUGUGGACAUAUUCACUUGUGUCUUUUUGACUGCUGUUGAUGCUGUUUUAUUUCCUUUUUUCGCCACCCUCCUGGAGAAUGGCAAGGGAAAAUUCCUGUGCAUGUGCACGGCCAGCCUUAUAUUGCUUUCUUAUGUUUUUGUAGUGCUCAUCAGUCAACCAGAAAUUCCGAUCUCCAUAGGUGGGAUACUAACAAAUUUAAGUGGGGAGAGUGCAUUUUCACUGAUGAGCCUUCUUGGAGCGAAUAUUAUGCCUCACAACUUUUACCUCCAUUCUUCGAUUGUACAGCAAGAUCUGGGGCCAUCAAAUGUUUCCAAGGGAUCCUUGUGUCACGAUCAUCUUGUUGCUAUUCUAUGCAUCUUUAGUGGCAUUUUCCUGGUGAAUUAUGUGCUGAUGAACUCAGCAGCAAAUGUGUUCCACAGUACAGGCCUUGUAUUGCUUACUUUUCAGGAUGCAUUGUCACUGAUGGAUCAGGUAUUUUGGAGUCAGAUAGCACCCUUUGCCUUCCUACUGGUUCUGUUAUUUUCCAAUCAAAUCACAGCAUUAACCUGGAAUCUUGGUAUGCAAGCAGUCCUGCAUGAUUUCUUCAGGAUGGAAAUUCCCAGUUGGCUUCAUCAUGCUAUAAUCAGAAUUAUUGCCAUUGUCCCAGCCCUUUAUUUUGUGUGGAAUUCAGGAGCUGAGGGAAUAUAUCAACUGCUGAUAUUUACACAGGUCAUGGUUGCUCUUGUGCUUCCAUCUUCUGUUAUCCCCCUUUUCCGAGUUGCCUCGUCAAGAUCAAUAAUGGGUGUCCACAAAAUUUCUCAGUUCGUGGAGUUUUUAGCCUUGAUCUCAUUUAUUGGAAUGCUCAGCCUAAAGAUUAUAUUUGUGGUGGAGAUGAUAUUUGGAAACAGUGAUUGGGUAAGCAAUUUGAGGUGGAACUUGGGGAGUAGCACAUCUAUUCUUUAUGGUGUUCUUCUCGUCACUGCAUUUGUUUCGUUUUGUUUGAUGCUUUGGCUUGCAGCCACCCCAUUAAAUUCUGCGGCUUCCAGAAUAGAUGCUCAGGUGCGGAACUCUAAUAUACAAAAUAUUGUGCAUAAUUUAUAUGUGGAGAGAGAUGAAAGUGAUUUAAGUGAAACUAGAUAUCAUGGAGAGCAACCCAUACAAAAGCAAGAACCCACAUUAGGAUUGGGAAAGUCUUUGGAGAGUCAUUCAGAUAUGCCAGCUACAAGUACUGGUUUGAAUUUGCCCGAAACACUCUUGGAUUCUCAUAACGUGCCGCAUUUUACUACUAUCGAGGAGAAUUCUUUUAGUGUUACAUUUCCAAGCUUGUCUGCAUGCCAUCCAGAGGAAUUGCCAACCACAGUAAAAACAGUCCUGCUGUCAACUGUUUGCAAUGAGGUUUCUGAUAGUAAAUUGCAGGAUACCGGUACCUUGAAGACUGAAUCAAUGGACUUAGUGGAGAAGACCAUGAAACUUGAGGAGUAUUUACAGACUGAGAACGAUGAUGAGGAAGAUACGUGGGAACCUGAAGAAUUUUCUAAAGGGGUAUCGAUGAGCAGCUCAUCUUUAAUAUCCGAGGGUCCAGGAUCAUUUAGGAGUCUCAGUGGGAAAAGUGAUGAUGGGGGGAGCGGUGCUGGAAGUCUUUCAAGAUUAGCAGGAUUGGGCCGUGCUGCAAGACGUCAAUUAGCUGCAGUUCUUGAUGAGUUUUGGGGACAGCUGUAUGAUUUCCAUGGGCAAGCAACCCAGGGUGCAAAGGCUAAGAAUCUGAAUGUGAUGCUGGGGGUAGAUUCGAAUUUUGAUCCAAAGCCUGCCAUCACGCCAAAAGCGCACACCAGUGGGAAUGGAUUUACUGGAUAUCCCAAUUUGGGUGGCAGAGGAUCUGAUUGUGUGAUCAAUUCAAGUUUAUAUAACUUCCCCAUGCAGCAGGGAUUGCAACGUAGUAUAGCGUCAUUUUAUGGGGUUCAAAGGGGUUCAUCUUCAUUGUGGUCUGGCCCCAUGCAGAGGUUAGAUGGCUAUGUGCAAAAUCCCAGUCACAAUUCUCUUGAUUAUAGUGAGAGGCACUAUUAUAGUUUGCGCCUUCCACCAUCUUCUGAUGGCUCUGAUUCUCAGCCAGCAACUGUACAUGGUUAUCAGGUUGCAUCACUUCUCAGUCGAAUUGCUAAAGAAAAACAAUCUGAUUACUUAAAUGGUCAAAUGAAUUCGCAAACCCCAAAAUCCCCAUCUUUGGACCAAUCAAACUACAGAGGUUCACUUGCAUUUGCAGCAAGGCAAAAAUCACUGACUAGGGUAAGCCCUGCGAAGCCGCCUGGUUUUCCAGACCUUGCCGCAUCUAGAAAUAGUUCAAUGCAAUCUGGAAGACCAUUUUAUGGUCUUAACCCUUCUGGACCUGCUGAGAAUGCGGUUAGCACAGUCGAUGCAAAGAAAUUUUAUAGUUUGCCAGACAUUUCAGGACUUCUUCCUCACCGGGAUUCAUAUUUGUUGGACAGGAAUGCUCAACGGGAAAGUUGCAUUGGAUACAAUCCAUCUGUUGGUCACACUAUGUAUGAUCAAUUUUCAUAUUCAAGCACUUCAUCUAGGGUUGGAGCUCCCUUAGCCUUCGAUGAAGUCUCUCCUUCAAAGGUCUGCCGAGAUGCUUUCUCCUUACAGUUAAGCUCAAAUCCAGACACUGGAUCCCUGUGGUCUAGACAGCCUUUUGAACAGUUUGCUGUGGCUGAUAAAGCUCCUGCUACUGGGGGUGAGGGAGUUGGAAGUGGGCAGAGUUCAAUUAAUCGAGAAACAACAUCUGCUUCGGAUUUGGAAGCAAAGCUUCUUCAGUCUUUCAGACUUUGUAUUGUGAAGCUUUUGAAACUGGAGGGAUCUGCUUGGUUGUUUAGACAGAAUGAUGGGGCUGAUGAAGUUCUUAUAGAUAGUGUAGCUGCAAGGGAGAAAUUCAUUCAUGAAGCUGAAACUAGGGAGAUAAACCGGGCGGUUCGCACGGUUGAAUUUCAAUUUUCUGACAGGAGGCCUGGUUUUGUACCGAAAAAUGAUGACAUAGAUCAUUCGCAAUUACUGGUCUCCCCAGUUCCUCAUUGCGGGGAGGGCUGUAUUUGGAGAGUGAAUCUGAUUAUAAGCUUUGGUGUGUGGUGCAUUCACCGGGUUCUCGAGCUCUCACUCAUGGAAAGCAGGCCAGAGCUGUGGGGGAAGUACACUUACGUAUUAAAUCGUCUUCAGGGGAUCAUAGAUCUGGCAUUUUCCAAGCCACGUUCUCCAAUGACUCCCUGCUUCUGCCUUAAAAUUCCAUUGACACAGCAACAAAGGUUAAGUCCACCUUCAAAUGCACCAGUAAAACAAAGCAGAGGGAAAUGCACGACUGCAGCAAUGCUUUUAGACAUAAUCAAGGACGUGGAAAGUGCAAUCUCUGGUAGAAAGGGUCGGACGGGCACUGCAGCUGGUGAUGUGGCUUUCCCAAAAGGAAAAGAGAAUUUGGCAUCUGUCCUCAAACGAUACAAGCGUCGUUUAGCCAACAAGUCAGGUUGACACUCAUGAAGGUGGCUUUGGGUUGUGAAAGCUUUCUGCAUCAGCUUCUUAUGACUUAUAGCCUUUGUUCAAAGUUGACAGCAGCCAGGUAGAAAAAUUCUGAGUUGUUUGAUUUUAGGAAAACUGCUCAUUGUCUACAUUGGCGGGUGCUAGAUCGUUAUGCGACUCUCUCUCUCUCUCUCUCUCUCUCUCUCUCUCUCUCUCUCUCUCUCUCUCUCUCUCUCGUAUUCAUACUUGCUCCAUAUUCAUUUCCAUGCACUUACCUAUACAAGGGAUAAUGUAAUUGCAGAAUGAUGGAAGAAAUGAGUAGAAGACAGGCUGAAAUUGCAGCUUUUUUUUUUUUUUUGGCCUCACGGUGCAAGUAUGUCGUUCAAGUAGAGUGGAACGAUGGAUGUAGAAAUUGCUGGAAAAUUUUUAUGAGGGUCUUCUGUAUAUAUACAUUCUUUUAUAAAAAUUGGUAACAGAAAUGUGAGGUUUUAAUUUGUUGUACCUGUAAAAUCUGGUUGUAUUCCUUUUUGCCCCUCAAGUUGUCAUAUGCAGUGGUUCAUUUGGUUGGAAGAGGGGAGGAAAUGAAAAAUAGGGUGGAGUUUCUAUUGUA